AUGACCUUUUACCGACUGGUUUUUACCGGCGGAUUUUUGCCAGCGGAGCCCGCCGGUAAAAGUAUUACCGGCGGCUUUCCUGACUAUUGCCGGCGGUUUUCUCCGCCGAAUUUGUUGCAGAAAAAUAUGAAAGUUGAGGUAGUAUCUAAUGAGAUUAUCAAACCUUCAUCUCCAACUCCUGACCACUUUCGACAUUAUCAACUAUCUUUUCUUGACCAUCUAUCUCCCCAAACAUACAAUCCACUUGUCUUGUUUUACCAGUUAGAUGUUGAUGAUGAUGAUGAUCAAGAUCAUGAGUCGAAGAUCAAAGAAAUAUCAGACAAGGUUAAGAACUCUUUAUCGGAGGUCUUAACACUGUUUUAUCCUCUGGCCGGUCGAGUCAAGAACGACCGAUUCAUUUACUGUAAUGACGAGGGAGUUUCUUACUCAGUAACCCGAGUCAAAUCUCCGUGCCAUCUUUCCCAAGCCAUAAAGAAUCCCCUCCCGAGUGAACUCUGCAACUUCCUUCCAUUCAAACUCAAUGAACUCAAUGAAUUCGCCUUGGGAGUCCAACUCAAUGUCUUCGAACGCGGUGGAGUUGCCCUUGGCUUAUGCAUUUCACAUCAGAUUGCCGAUGCGUUAUCUUCCAUUAUGUUCAUCAAAACAUGGGUUGCCAUUGCUCGUGGAGAGGCCAAUCAUCUACCGCACCCCGAAUUUGUUUCCGCAAAGCUUUUUCCACCGUUGGAUGGUCCCAAGUUCGAUCCAAAUAAUGUGAUCUCGAGCGAAGUCAUAUCGAAGAGGUUUGUGUUUGAAGGCUCUACGCUAGAGGCGAUUAGGUCAAAGUACGAGAAAAAUACAUGCUUGGAGGGUGAGAGACGACCGUCUCGGGUGGAAGCUUUAUCUGCUUUCAUAUGGAGUCGUUUCGUGGCGGCAACCAGUUGCGACAACGACAACGAACUUUCUGCCGGGACCGAGAAAGUUUACGCGGUGAUUCAUGCAGUGAAUCUUCGUCCGAAGUUAGAUCCUCCACUACCGGAGCAUUCUUUCGGAAACCUUUACCGUUACAGCUACGCUAUUUUCCCUUCUACGAUCUUAAGUUCUUCUGAGAAAGAUAACUACGGCUAUGAGGCGAUGAAGCAGAUAAGGGCAGGGUUUGAAAAAGUGGACAUGGAUUAUCUGAGAAAGGUUCAAGAAGGAGAGGAUGUGAAAUUAGAACAGUUUACGGAAUAUGCAGAAGAAUUGUUGAUGAAAGGUGGAGAGUUGGUUUCGUUUGCUUUCACAAGUUUAUGUAGGUUUCCUCUCUAUGAUGCUGACUUUGGUUGGGGCAAGCCAACAUGGGUGAGCUCAGCUUCUUUGGAUUACGAAAAUCUUGUGGCUUUCAUGGACACUAAGACGGGGAAUGGAAUCGAAACAUAUGUUUCAUUGAAGACAGAAAAGAUGGCUAAGCAUGAAGAUGACAAGGAGUUCAUUAUAGCAACUUCUGCACUACCACUCGAAACUUAAUUAAUUAUCAGGGUAUGUGAAUCAUGUGAUGUGAUGAACUACUACAUGGUAUUUAUUAUCCUUAUGUUUUGUUAUUGUUUUUUUUUAAUUGUUGUUUGAUUUGGUGAUCAAUGUACUUUUAUUAUUAUAAAUACAUGGAACCUUUGUCUAUAAAA